AUGAUUGCUUAUCUUGUGUACCUUGGCUCCAACAUAAUCUCAUGGCGCUCAACUCGACAAAAAUCGGUCUCUCGUUCAUCGACGGAAGCUGAGUACAAAGCCUUGGCCAACACAGCCGCUGAACUAUCAUGGGCCAAAAAUUUGCUUACGGAGCUUGGUAUCUCACCUUCCUCGACACCUAUUAUCCACUGUGACAACACGAGUGCUACUUACCUCUGUGCAAAUCCUAUCUACCACUCUCGCAUGGAACAUGUUGCCUUGGACUAUCAUUUUAGUACGCGAACAGGUUUCUGCUGGCUCAUUAAAGGUUCGAUAUAUUCACACUUUGGAUCAACCUACUGA